GAAACACCUCCAUCCAAUCACUGCAUCCUCCUACAGAUUAACAGUUAACUUGACAGUCCUCAUGCCUCCGUGUGAGCAUGGACAAAGUGCAAAAUACUGUCACCAGGACACAAAGUGGCUCUCCUGCAGAAGUGUGGAGGAUACCGACUGUUCCUUCAAAGGGACGUGUGAAUGUUGCCCCUUUUGGUUUGUUUAAAAUGAUGUCUCCCUGCAUACUUUAAAGUAAUUAACAUGGCUUCACUGGAGUUAUACAGCAAGGGAGCAAGUGUGUGGAUACCUGACCCGGAUGCAGUUUGGGUGCCAGCCCUACUCCUCCAGGACUACAGUCCUGGAGAGAAACAUCUACUGCUACAGCUCUCUAAUGGAAAGGAGGUCCAUUACCCAGUGGUGUCCCCAUCAGAUCUCCCACCGCUGGGGAACCCCAACAUCCUAGAGGGGGAAAAUGAUCUAACAGCUCUUAGCUUCCUUCAUGAACCUGCUGUCUUGCACAACCUCCGGGUUCGAUUCCUGGACUACAGCAGCAUCUACACAUACUGUGGCAUUGUGUUAGUGGCCAUCAAUCCCUAUGACCAGCUCCCCAUAUAUGGAGAGGAGGUGAUAGAUGCUUACAGUGGUCAGGACAUGGCCGACAUGGAACCUCACAUCUUUUCUGUGGCUGAGGAAGCCUACCGCACCAUGACCAGGGAGGAGAAAAACCAGUCUAUCAUCAUCAGUGGAGAGUCUGGCUCGGGGAAAACGGUCUCAGCUAAAUUCACCAUGCGUUACUUUGCUGUGGUUGGAGGAGCAGCACAGCAGACCAGCGUGGAGGAGAGGGUUCUGGCUUCCAACCCUAUCAUGGAGUCUAUUGGGAAUGCUAAAACCACUCGAAAUGACAACAGUAGUCGUUUUGGGAAGUACAUCGAGAUCGGCUUUGGCAGAAAAGGGGACAUCGUUGCAGCAAACAUGAGGACAUAUUUACUGGAGAAGUCAAGGGUUGUCUUCCAAGCAUCAGCAGAGAGGAACUACCAUAUCUUCUACCAGCUGUGUGCCUCCAGAGAGUUGCCUGAAAUGAGAUCAUUUAAACUGGACGCACCUGAACAUUUCCACUACACCAGCCAGGGAGGAGAGGUACAGAUUCCCGGAACUGAUGAUUUGUUGGACCUGGAGCGCACUCGCAAUGCUUUCACCAUUCUGGGUGUGCAGCCUGACCAACAGAUGGAGCUCUUCAGGAUCCUGUCAGCUGUUCUGCACCUGGGAAAUGUCAACAUCCAAGCCAGUGGGAGAAGUUCUGGCAGGUGUUAUAUUAAUGCAGAUGACCGCUCACUGACUGUCUUCUCCAAGCUGUUAGGAGUGGAAGGACCUCAGAUGGCCCACUGGCUGUGUCAUCGCAGACUGACUGUAGGGGGAGAGAUGCUGGUCAAACCAAUGUCCGGUCAGCAGGCUGUAGAAGCCAGAGAUGCACUGGCUAAACAUAUCUAUGGCCAGCUGUUUACAUGGACCGUCCAGAGGCUCAACUCUGCUCUGCGCACUCAGAGGGGACAAGCCAAAUCCUUUAUAGGGGUGCUAGACAUCUAUGGGUUCGAGACCUUUGACCAGAACAGUUUUGAGCAGUUCUGUAUAAAUUAUGCGAAUGAAAAACUGCAACAGCAAUUCAACAGGCAUGUGUUCCACUUGGAGCAGGAGGAGUAUGUCCGGGAAGAGCUGGCCUGGAGCAGGAUUGAGUUCAGCGACAAUCAGCAGUGCAUCAAUCUCAUAGAGGGACAACUGGGCCUGUUUGAUCUUUUAGAUGAGGAGUGCAGGAUGCCCAAAGGUUCAGAUGAGAGCUGGGUGCGGAAGCUGUAUGACCAACACCUGACCAGCAAGCCCCACCCUCACUUCCGGAAACCUCGCAUGUCCAACAGCGCCUUCAUCGUUGUGCACUUUGCUGACAUGGUGCAAUAUGAAUGUGAUGGCUUUUUAGACAAGAAUCGAGAUACAGUCUUUGAGGAGCUCAUUAACAUUCUCAAAGCAAGUCAGUCUGAGCUGGUGGCUGAGUUGUUCCAGCAGCAAGGACAUGUGUCCUCUGUGGCUAAUGGAGGUGUUCGCUCAGGGAAAAGAGCCCCCAGAGAGCAUAAACUGACAGUGGGCUUCCAGUUCCGUCAGUCCUUACAGAUGCUAAUGGACAUUCUCAAUAGCACCACUCCUCACUAUGUCCGCUGUAUUAAACCCAACGAUCUCAAAGAACCUUUUAUGUUCGACCCCAGGAGGACAGUCCAGCAGUUGAGAGCCUGUGGGGUGCUGGAGACUAUACGCAUCAGUGCCGCAGGUUAUCCAUCCAGAUGGACAUACCAGGAGUUCUUCAGCAGGUACCGUCUUCUGCUUCGAGGUCCUCAGAGCCAGGAGCAGGCCCAGGCUUCAUGCAGACAGGCCCUGCCUCAGCUCAUCCCAGACCCAGACCAGUACUGCUUUGGAAAGACCAAAGUAUUCUUCCGGGCCGGUCAGGUGGCUCUUCUGGAGAGGCUGAGAGCUGAGAGGCUGCGUGUUGCUGCUGUGAUCAUCCAGAGCCGGGUCAGAGGAUGGCUGGCACGGAUUAGAUACUCCAGGAUCAGCUGGGCAACUGUCACCAUACAGAGAUACUGCAGAGGAGCGCUGGCCAGACGACUGGCCCUGACCCUGCGCUACACCAUGGCUGCUUUAGUAAUCCAGAAGACCUACCGCAUGGUGGUGGUCAGACAGUUGUUCCUCAUGAUCCGAAAGGCCACCAUCACCAUCCAGGCCUUCACCAGGGGCACACUGGCGCGGCGCAGAUACAGACUGUUGGUGGCGGAGCGGGCUGCUGUGUUGCUUCAGGCAAGAGUGCGUGGGUGGUUGGCGAGGCAGGCGUACAGGCGGGUACGUGCGGCAGUGGUGUUCAUGCAGUGCUGCGUGCGCCGCAGGGCUGCCAGGAGAGAGCUGCUGAAACUAAAGACCGAGGCCCGCUCAGUGGAGAGGUACAGGGAGCUCAACAAGGGCAUGGAAGUCAAACUGAUGCAGCUGCAGUUGAGAGCAGACCAGGAGGCCAGGGAGAGUGCAGCUUUGAGAGAGACCCUGCAUGCAGAGCGAGAGACCACCAGUGCUGAGCUGGAAGCCUUGCGGGCGACGAUACAGAAACUAGAGAGCCAGAAACACGAGAAGCCUCCGCCCUGCCCUGUCAUCAGCGAGAAGGAGGUGGAGGAAAGAAGGAGAGCUGAGGAGAAGGCUGUCCAGGAAAUCCUUCAACUCACACAAGAGUUGCAAGCCCUGCAGAGAGAGAAGGACAGUUUUUGCAAAGAGAGAGAUGCUCUCUCUGCUCGUUUACUUCAACAAGAAAAAACACAAGAAGAGUGUGUGCACCAGGCUGUGUCUCAAGCGAGUGCAGCUCUGAGGGCAGAGCUGGAUGAGGAGAGGAGGAAGUAUCAGGGUCUCCUGAGAGAGUUCACCAGACUGGAGCAGAGAUACGACAACCUCAGAGAGAUGAGUCUGCUCACUGAGGGCCACAGAAGGACGGACUCCACCCAUAGUUUGAGCUUGGAGCCUCCCUCCCCCACUCUGCUGUCACCCCAGUCUCUCACCCCACUCUCCCUGUCACCCUUCCAAUCUGCCUUCACUUCCCCGGAGGAGGUCCGCAGGGUCAGCGUGACAUCCCCCACCCUGGAGAGGAGAGUGUCAGUGUGGAGCUCCGAAACGCCAAUGGACAAGUUGAUGGAGAGGAUGGACGUGGCCAAAGACCCGGCAGUGAAGAUGAAAGGAGAGGACCUGGCGCAUGCUUACGAUGCUGUACGAGUGGCCAACAAGUUUCUGGAGAGCCAGCUGCGUGGCCAGCACAGUCAGUGGGAGGGGGAGCUGGAGGCUCUGAGGUGCCAGCUUAGUCAAGCGAUCUCUAGUUCUUCCUCUGCUGCACAGCGACAGGAACUACUAGAGGCCAGAGAGCAAGAGUGUGUCAGACUGAGGAGAGAGUUGAAGGAACUUAAAAACACAGUCUCACUCAGACGACUCCUGACACAAGUUCUCCCAUCGGCUUUCACCCCAGAGACCUACUCCUGUCCAUCCCAACCGAAGCAAGCAACAGUCACUGGUUUGCUGGAAUGUAGGAAGAGAGAUGAAACCAAGCUCAUCAAGAACCUCAUCACAGACAUCCGUGUUGACAGUGCCCUGUCUCUGCCUCCUGGUCUCCCUGCCAGCGUGCUCUUCCUGUGUGUUCGUCAGGCCGACUGCAGCGGAGCCCAGACUCACGCUCGCUCACUCUGUAGCGCUGCUGUCACGGCUAUGAAGGCAGCUCUGAAGAAACAUAGAAACGAUGUAGAUAUGACAGCUCUGUGGCUGAAAAACGCCUGUCUGUUGCAUGACCUAUUGACCCAGCACUCCCCAAAACAGACCCUUGACUCAGACGAACUGGUUCCACUGACCACUGAUCUGAGUGACUUGAUCCAUGCCCUGAGUGACCUCUGUAUCCAGGCCUAUCAGCAGCUCCUCUCCAUCACUGAAACACGUCUACAAAACAUCAUAGUCCCUGCUCUGCUGGAGAGCGAGACCAUCCCAGGUCUGUCUGGCUCUGUGGUAAAGUUGGGAACGUCCAGAAAACGGGCAGGCUCAGAACCCGGGACUGUAGGAGGCGGUGCUCCCACUAUGGCGUCGGUGCUGAGGGAGCUGGGAGCCCUUCACACUGCGUUGUCCCAUCAGGCUCUGCCCCCAACACAGAUGGAGCAGGCCUUCCACCAGCUCACCUACCUCAUCGCUGCUUCCGCUCUCAACAGCCUGCUGCUGAGGAAAGACAUGUGCUGCUGGAGUCGUGGCAUGCAAAUACGAUAUAAUGUGAGUCUGCUGGAGGAGUGGCUGCGGAGCCGAGGUCUGCAGGCAGGGGGCGCUGUGGCCACACUGGAGCCCCUCAUCCAGGCAGUUCAACUGCUGCAGGCUGGAAAAAAGACAGAGGCGGAUGCACAGGCCCUUGUUCAGACUUGUACUGCCCUGUCCAGCAAGCAGAUAGUGAAGAUUCUGACUCUCUACACUCCUCACAGUGACCUUGAUGAAAGAGUCACACUGAAUUUCAUCCGCACUGUACAGGGGCUUCUCAAAGGCCGUUCUGACGGUCAGCCUCCACAGCUCCUAAUGGAUGUGAGGCGAGUGUUUCCUGUCACAUUUCCCUACUUGCCUCCCCCCGUCCUCCAUGUUGAGCAGUUAGUCAUCCCAGACUCCCUCAAGAUCUCCUUUCUACGCAAAGCCUGAAAAUCAGGAUGCCUUGCCUCUUCAGUGGAGCAAAUAUGUUUUAGCAAAUUUAACUCCCAACCUAUUGAAUUUAGUCCUUCUAGGAGGUGUUGUGAACCUUUUAAUGGCACUAACUUGCUUAAUUAAUCUGUUAAUUAUCAGUGGAUUAGUCUGUAUACUAUUGAAGGUCAGAGGUUAUGUCAAUAAUUGACAUCUCAGCAUCUUAUAGAUAAAUAAACUUGUAAGUUUGAAAUGGCAUGAAUGCUAAUGGAGAGCAGGAGUAUAAAUAAUAGGUAAUAAAAAUAAUUUAAAAAGUUAUUUAGCCGUAGUUAUGUAGUCAGAAAUAAGAAAGGUACAGCAAUAUCUCAGUACAGUUUGACAAACAAGGAAUGAAAUUAAGCUUUUUUUCAUAUUUUAUUGGAAGCAGAAACACAAUGAGACUGCAGUCCCAGUAACCUCAACCCCCAAUAAGAACAACCAGAAUUAAAAAAACCCAAAAAAUUAGAAACAUCUCAGGUAUAAAAAAAUUCUCAUGCGAGUACUUUGUACCACUACACAUCAGUAAUACAUAUUUAUAUAUUCACAAACAUUUGAAAAAUAGAAAACAAUAAUGAAAUAUUAAAAUAAAGGAGACAACAAUUGGCAAUUAACAUCAAAUAAUUAUGCGUGCUGGCACAAUAAAUUUUUUUCUUUUUGUUUUAUUGUUCCUAUCAUGCACCAUUGAAGUACAGGACCGGCGUCGCUGUGCAGAUGUCUGUCUGUGUGGCCUGGUCAGCUAGACAGAUCAUGCAUGUCUGUCCGCUUUGUGUCUGUGUGCUUUUUGUUGUGCUUCUACAUUUAUCCUUGUCCUUAACUUCUGUGUGCAUCCCUGUUCCAACACGCAAACUCAGCCUCUGAAGGAGGAGGAAUUACUAAAGUAUCAUUGUCAACAGCAAUAAAUAAAGAUUUAUUUUCGUGGCAUUUCCA